GAUAAACACAGCCGCGUUUGACAUUUUAGCCGGUUGUGUCAUUUAACAAAUUUCUUGGGCGUUUUUGCCACGGACACGUACAUCAGAUUUUUCAAAUAAAAUAUUUAACACAAUUUUAGCAAUAAAAUAUCGUAAAUUUUUUUUAGUUUUAGUGAAAUUUAGACGGGAUAUGUUACCAGUGUAACUUAAAUUACUUUUCUUAGUGGAUAGUUGUGUUUAAAAUUUUCUUUGCGGCAACGACGACGCUGCGUCGCUAGCCGGCUUUUUUGUGCUGAGCUGUAUCAUAUUUUGCGUUGGAGCACUUGUAUAAAUACGGAUUAUAAAAGGUAGUGGUUUCUUGAAAAGUUGUUAAAAGUAUGACCUUGGACACAGCUUAUUUGGCUGGCAGCCGAUCAAAGAUAGCGUUGGCUUGGGAAAAGCAGGAACAUCUCGUUAAAUUGGCAGUGUUGAUUUUGGCGGCUGUGCUCUCGUUCGCCACGCGUUUGUUUUCCGUGCUCCGUUUUGAAAGUGUAAUCCAUGAAUUCGAUCCGUACUUUAAUUACCGCACUACGCGGUUUCUUGCUGAACAAGGAUUCUACAAAUUUCACAAUUGGUUCGAUGAUCGCGCUUGGUAUCCACUGGGUCGCAUUAUUGGCGGCACCAUUUAUCCUGGACUGAUGGUGACAGCUGCAGCGCUCUACAGACUCAUGUGGUUAUUGAAUAUUACCAUUGAGAUAAGGAAUGUUUGUGUGUUCCUGGCGCCAUUUUUCUCCUCAUUGACCACGUUGGUCACCUAUGCGCUUACAAAGGAAAUUCACAGCACUGGAGCUGGCUUAGUGGCUGCUGCGCUCAUCUCGAUUGUGCCCGGUUAUAUUUCUCGUUCUGUAGCUGGAUCUUAUGAUAAUGAGGGCAUCGCCAUCUUCUGCAUGCUACUAACCUACUACUUGUGGAUCAAGGCAGUAAAAAGUGGCGCCAUCUUUUGGUCUUCAAUGUCCGCGUUGGCAUACUUUUACAUGGUUUCCUCAUGGGGUGGUUAUGUGUUCCUGAUCAAUUUGAUACCACUGCACGUGUUGGCUCUGAUGAUCACUGGUCGCUUUUCGCAUCGCAUCUAUGUUGCCUACAGUACUCUCUAUUGUGUAGGCACUAUUCUGUCGAUGCAGAUUUCUUUUGUCGGCUUUCAGCCAAUACAAAGUUCCGAGCAUAUGUUGGCACUUGGCACUUUUGGACUCUGUCAAAUACACGCUUUUGUUGAUUGUCUACGAGCGAGGCUUUCCAAAGAAAAUUUCGAAGUACUGUUUAAAGCGUUAGUAUCUACUAUACUCACAACGGCGUUUUUAAUUGGCACUGUAUUGACGCUCACUGGCAAAGUAUCACCUUGGACUGGUCGUUUCUAUUCAUUGCUCGAUCCUUCAUAUGCGAAGAAUCACAUUCCAAUCAUCGCAUCUGUAUCGGAGCAUCAGCCCACGUCAUGGUCGUCGUUCUACUUUGAUUUACAGAUAUUGGUAUUCCUAUUCCCAGCUGGCUUGUACUUUUGCUUCUCCAAAUUAACCGAUUCCAAUAUCUUCAUCAUACUGUAUGGCGUUACAAGUAUUUAUUUUGCGGGUGUGAUGGUUCGUUUAAUGCUUGUAUUAGCGCCGGUUAUGUGCGUUCUGUCUGGUAUUGCCACGUCGCAUCUGUUAUCCAAGUACAUAAAAUGUAUUGACGCAGGGUCCUCUAAGCCCAUUGAAAGUAAGCGUCAAUAUAAAAAACUAGAACAGCAGAGUAGUGGUGUAAAGAGUGAAGUUGCAGUCGGCUUUGUUGGCAUAAUUACGUUUAUGCUCAUUGUUUACACAUUCCACUGCACUUGGGUAACAUCAGAAGCAUACUCUUCCCCAAGCAUUGUACUUAGUGCACGUUCACACGAUGGUGGUCGCAUUAUUUUUGAUGAUUUUAGAGAGGCAUACUAUUGGCUGCAGAUGAACACACCAGAGGAUGCACGAGUAAUGUCUUGGUGGGAUUAUGGCUAUCAAAUAACGGCAAUGGCUAAUCGUACAAUUCUAGUAGAUAACAAUACCUGGAAUAACACCCAUAUAUCUCGUGUUGGCCAAGCGAUGGCUUCAUCUGAGGAAAAAGCAUAUGAAAUCAUGCGUGAAUUAGACGUCGAUUAUGUGCUUGUUAUCUUUGGUGGUCUAACUGGUUAUUCAUCUGACGACAUAAACAAAUUCUUGUGGAUGGUGCGCAUAGGUGGUAGUACAGAUCGCGGUGCACACAUCAAAGAACGUGAUUAUUAUGCCGCCAAUGGGGAAUUCCGCGUCGACAAGGAGGGUUCACCAACACUACUCAAUUGCCUUAUGUACAAGAUGUGUUAUUAUCGCUUUGGUCAAGUGUACACUGAAGGUGGUAAACCGCCAGGUUACGAUCGUGUACGCGCUGCCGAAAUUGGUAAUAAAGAUUUUGAGCUAGAUGUUCUGGAGGAAGCCUACACCACAGAACAUUGGUUGGUGCGCAUUUAUAAGGUGAAAGAUUUGCGAAAUCGCGGGGUAUGAACGCAUCAGCUACUUUGCUAAGUUCUAGCAACACAUAAUUAAUGCUCUAGCCAGUGACGUACUUUUAUAGUAUUUAGAAAUUACAAAAAAGAAUCUGAGUCUUGCUAUAGUUUUGUAUAAUUGUUUUGGAAUUGAAGUUACUAAAAGUGGUGCUUUGUUUAUUCUUGAAUGUACUGUUUUUUUUUUUUCUCGAAACAUGAAAUCUGCGUCGAACUUAACUAUGCACACAUGUAUGUAUUUGCGCCAGAAACUUGAAAUUAUAAUUAUAGAAAAAGGUGCAAAUAUAAAUUCAUUGCAUCUACUAAUGUACGUUCUCUAAAUAACAUAAAGUAUGCAUGUUUUGCCCUACAUUAUAAGUAAUCUGACUUUUAAUAAGAAGGCUUUCUAAUCAAGAUGUUAUUUGUAAUUUUAUUAGGUAAACGGCGCAAGUUUUACUUAUCAAUGCAAUAUAAUGCAUCAAAUGAAUAUUAGAUCUGCAAUCAAUCACUAUCUUGGUCGUCGGCUCUCUAUAUACUUUUAAGUUUAAAAUAAUUAUUGUUUGAGUAACAUAU